AUGACGUACAACGAUUUCUGGUGGCGUGGACCGAGAUGGCUGGAGAAGCAACCCGAAAAUUGGCCAGAACCUCCAGAGCUAUCAAGCGGAACUGAAGCGGACAAAGAGAAGAGACAUACAGCUGUCGCAUGUAUUAAUUCUUCAGCCGAGGAAUUCAACGAAUGGUACCUAGGACGUUCCUCAUCAUACAUCGAGCUCGUUAGACGAACUGCGUAUUGGUUACGGUAUCUGAAUCUGUUGCGUACACCACGAGGUCAACGAAAUCCACCGAAGUUUCUCACAACAGCGGAGCUGAAGGACGCAGAAGUCAACCUGGUCCGGAGAGUUCAGCAGGAAUGUUUCGUAGAAGAAUGGAGGACACUGUCUAAAGGAGACUCUGUUCCGAGAAAGUCGUCACUGCGUUGGUUCAACCCGUACAUAUCAGAGGAUCGGGUGAUUAGAGUAGGAGGGCGACUUGCGCAUUCGAAAGAGCCAGAGGAUACGAAGCACCCUAUGGUAUUACCAGCACGCCAUCAGCUUACCAAGCUGAUUUUACGUUAUUUCCACGAAAAACUACUGCAUGCUGGGCCGCAGUUAUUAUUGGCAACUGUUCGAUUACGUUUCUGGCCGCUGGGAGGAAGAAGCGUGGUUCGAAACGUAGUACACCGAUGCAUGAAAUGCUUCCGGGUGAAACCAUCAUCGAUCGAGCAGUUUAUGGGGGAGCUGCCAGCGCCACGUGUUACUGUAUCCCGACCGUUUUCUCAGACCGGCGUAGAUUAUUGUGGGCCAUUUUUUGUCCGGCCAGCACCUCGCCGCCCAGUGGUAAAAAUGUAUGUCGCUGUGUUCAUUUGCUUGUGUACCAAGGCGGUGCACCUCGAACUUGUUUCGGACCUGACUACUGACAGGUUCAUCCAAGCCCUGCGACGAUUCUCGGCCAGAAGAGGAAAAUGCGAAGAUUUGUACUCCGACAAUGGCACAAACUUCGUUGGAGCGCGGAACAAGUUGAAGGAAUUGGAGGAGCUACUAAGAACGAAGGAACAUCGAGAGGGUGUGGCAAGACACUGCUCGGAACAAGGGACACGAUGGCAUUUUAACCCGCCGAGUGCUCCUCACUUUGGAGGCCUAUGGGAGGCCGCGGUACGGUCCGCCAAGAUUCAUCUUGUGAAAGUAGUAGGAGAAACGCCGUUAUCACCCGAGGAUUUUACCACGUUGCUCGUACAGGUAGAGGGUUGUUUAAAUUCCAGACCGUUGACGCCAAUGUCGGACGAUCCCAACGAUCUGGAGCCAUUAACUCCGUCGCAUUUUUUGAUUGGUUCCAGUCUGCAAAGCUUACCGGAUUCUGAUUUGGAAAAUGUCAAACUGAACCGGCUGGAUCGUUUCCAAUUAAUGCAGAAGCUGCUCCAAGAUUUUUGGAAGAGAUGGCGGCGUGAAUACUUGUGUCAGCUCCAAGGGAGAAAUAAGCGAUGGAAACCACCGAUUAAGGUCGAUAUUGGUGGGCUAGUAAUAAUUCGGGAGGAUAACCAACCUCCAAUGAAAUGGAAAUUAGGCCGUAUCACUGCUGUCCAUCCUGGUACCGACGGGAUUUUCAACCUUCCCAUUCCCUUUCCCGUCGAAGAGGAUAUUCUAUUUAAUUUCAGAAAUUGGAUCAAUUCCUGGGUGGGUGAGGAUGUUGUGGAGUAG